AUGUUGGUGGAGGUGAAGCAGAGCGAGAGAACGCGACACGAGCCCCAGGUCUCCAUGCAGGAGACAUCCGAGAUUGUAGCUUGGAUCAGGAAGAAUCACAUCGUACUGCUCUCCCAAGACGGCCAGGAGGUUUAUCUAUCGGCAAUCUCGUUUUCGCGCGAGUACCGCCGAUACAUUGACGGUGCCCGCCUCGAUCUUCCCAGUACCAAAUUCAUGCAGCUUCAGCCAUAUGGGCCCUGGAAUAUUACUGACGCCGGUCAUGUAAAGCAUCUGGCAGGCAUCAUCGUCGCUAUGACGGCUAAGUACGGCGCAUAA